GGCGCUUGAGGCCGAUGCUUCCUCCCUUCACUUCCUUGGCAAUCUAAGUGGAAAUGGAAGGGACUAGGGUAGUUGGGGAGUUGGAGGAGCUCAGUGGAGCUCAAGUUAUAGCAGAUGCUCUGAGAGAACAGGGUAUUCAGUAUAUGUUUGGUGUUGUUGGUAUCCCAGUGAUUGAAAUUGCUAUGGCAGCCCAAGCAGUUGGAAUGAAGUACAUUGGAAUGAGAAAUGAACAAGCUGCUUGUUAUGCAGCUUCUGUGGUGGGAUAUUUAACAGGAAGACCAGGAAUUUGCCUUGCAGUCUCUGGGCCAGGUCUUAUUCAUGCUCUGGGAGGAAUGGCAAAUGCAAACAUGAACUGCUGGCCUGUAAUUGUCAUAGCAGGAUCGUCUGAUACAAAUCAGGAAACAAUGGGUGCUUUUCAGGAGUUUCCACAGGUGGAGGCAUGUAGACUGUACAGCAAAUUCUCAGCUAGACCAAGCAGCUUGAGAUUUGUACCUGCCAUUAUUGAAAAGGCAGUUAGAAGUAGCAUGUAUGGACGUCCAGGAGCCUGUUAUGUUGAUAUCCCUGGAGAUAUGGUGACUUCAAAAAUCCACACUGCUUCACUGAGAACUGUUCCGUGUUGUCCCCAUCCUCCGUUGUCUUCAGCAAAUCCCGCAACAGUGACAGAAGCAUUUUUGAUCAUUAAAGAUGCCAAGAAGCCCCUUGUUAUCAUCGGAAAAGGUGCAGCCUAUUCUCGUGCAGAGGAAUACAUUAGGAAGCUUGUAGAUGUCUGUGGAUUGCCAUUUCUGCCUACUCCAAUGGGGAAAGGUGUGGUACCUGACGACCAUAUAAACUGUGUCUCUGCAGCCAGAUCCAGAGCCUUGUCGAAUGCAGAUGUAAUUCUGCUGUUGGGAGCCAGGUUAAACUGGAUGUUGCAUUUUGGCCAUCCGCCACGGUUCCGAUCAGAUGUGAAAAUCAUACAGGUUGACAUUUGUGCCGAAGAAUUAGGAAAUAAUGUGAGACCUGCUAUUGCCUUACUUGGUGAUGUGAAAUCUGUUGUUCAGCAGUUAUUGGAUUUCUUCAGGACUGCACCAUGGUUUUACCCAUCCAACUCCGAAUGGUGGUUAUUCCUGAAGGAGAAAAUGAAAGCUAAUGAAGAAUUAUCUAAGGCAAUGGCAGUAAAGGACUCUCUGCCUAUGAACUACUACACUGUUUUCCACACCAUUCAACCACUGCUGACAAAAGAUUGUAUUAUCGUUACCGAGGGUGCCAACACCAUGGAUAUUGGCCGUACCAUCCUCCCUAACUACUUGCCAAGGCAUAGAUUGGAUGCUGGCACCUUUGGUACUAUGGGGGUAGGUCUAGGUUUUGCCAUAGCUGCAGCGUUGAUUGCCAAAGAUCAGACUCCACAUCAGCGGGUUAUCUGUAUUGAAGGAGACAGUGCAUUUGGGUUCUCUGGGAUGGAAGUGGAGACCAUGUGCAGAUAUAAUCUGCCAAUAGUAAUCAUUGUAGUGAACAACAACGGAAUUUAUUGUGGAAUGGAUGAGUGCUCCUGGAAACAGAUGGCAGAAUUGGGUGAGCCUUCAAUUGUAGCCCCUCCCACAAGCCUCAUGCCUAAUGCUCAUUAUGAGCAAGUGAUGACUGCAUUUGGGGGCGAAGGUUACUUUGUACAGACACCAGAAGAACUAAAAAAGGCAGUUGUUUCAUGUUUGGCUCAAGAGAAAAUGCCGUCUCUUAUUAAUGUAAUGAUUGAUCCAUCAUCUGACAGAAAGGCACAAGAUUUUACCUGGCUGACUCGCUCCAAAGUGUGAAUUGAAUGACUUGUGAAGAGGAGAUGCAUUUACAUAGCAAGCAAAACCCCAGAUUAAAUCAGGCUAAACUCACUGAACAAGCAAUUUUUUUAUAUCUGAGAUUCUGUAAAUGCAAAAGUAUAUUAAGAUAUAUAAAAAGGGAAGUAUGCUACAAAUUUUUGGGUGAACAAUGUAGUGUUUGGGGUAACUGCAAGUCUGUGUCUUUGCUAUUGCUUUGCUCAGGCUUCAGUGCUGGUAGUGGGUGCGCUUUAUUUUUUCUGGUGGGGGGAGGGG